AAUUGAUUAAAUGAUUUCGUUUUAAACUAACAUCAUUCGCAGCUGAAACUAACCGCUCGCGUCACCUUCACUUACCUGUCACACCUCCCGUGACGGACAUUCCACAGCAGCCAAUCAGUUACAGACUGGGGGCUCGUUUCAACCAAUCGCUGCGCUCGGAUUCUAAAGGGGCGGGGAAUGUUUUGGGUUUUUUUUUGUGAAUGAACUGUACUGCAGCAUCUAGGCGAGAUAGAUGGAGGGAGCUUCUGAAAUUAUUUGAUUAAUUUAAGCUAAAAAAAUUAUAAUAAUAAUAAGAUGUAUGAAUUACUGAAAAAUCAGUUAUUAUGCAAAAUCAUUCCUUUGAAAGACCAGAACGCGAUAGUUAUUAAUAACCAGUUCGUUUAUUAGCUGUGUACUCGGACUGCUGCUGUGAAUUGCGCUAUUAAAUAUUUGUCAGGAACAGUUAUCACUUAAAAUACAAUUAUUUUAAAUAACAGAAUGGCGUUUGUCACCCUGGCAAAGAGACUCGCUUUCAACACGCAGCAGAGGAUCGCGUUGCAAAUGCAUUUUUGGAUUUUUGACCGCUGAUCUAUAUAGCAAUAUCGGUUAUAGAUUGGAUUUGAAAAAAAGAGAGGCAUAACGCAUCGCUUAUUAUUAUUAUUAUUAUUAUUAUUAUUAUUAUUAUUAUUAUUAUUAUUAUUAUUAUUAUAGGCACGGUCUUGUGUUUAAUUGUUGCAAAUGAUAUAAACAGCUAUUUUAAUUGGAAGGGGUUUAUUCUUUGACGGAGAUCCCACUGUUCUGCACAGAAUGGUUAAUAUUUGAACACAGCGGUUUAUUCCUGGUUGCUAACUGUCCAUGUAAAGAAGGGAAAUAAAAUCAGUUUCCUUGGAAACCCGAGACAUUGGAAUAUAUCGAAAGCAACAGCGAUCAACCACCAUUUUCUUCACCGGGACCGAGGUCCCAGUUGAUGGAUUCUAACAUGGACUAUGAAAGGCCAAACGUUGAAACUAUCAAGUGCGUGGUGGUCGGCGACAACGCCGUCGGGAAGACCCGCCUCAUCUGUGCCCGGGCGUGCAAUGCCACGCUGACUCAGUACCAAAUGCUCGCCACGCACGUGCCCACAGUCUGGGCCAUCGACCAAUACCGCGUCUGCCAGGAGGUCCUGGAGCGGUCCCGUGACGUGGUUGAUGAGGUCAGCGUGUCCCUGCGUCUCUGGGACACGUUCGGGGAUCACCACAAGGACCGGCGCUUCGCCUACGGAAGGUCGGACGUUGUGGUGCUGUGUUUCUCAAUCGCGAACCCCAACUCCCUGCACCACGUCAAGACCAUGUGGUACCAAGAGAUCAAGCACUUCUGCCCCCGAGCGCCUGUCAUCCUGGUGGGCUGCCAACUGGAUCUCCGCUACGCAGACCUGGAGGCCGUCAACCGGGCACGACGCCCCCUAGCCAGACCCAUCAAGUCCAACGAGAUCCUAGCCCCGGAGAAGGGACGAGAGGUGGCGAAGGAGCUGGGGGUGCCCUACUACGAGACCAGUGUGGUGGCGCAGUUCGGGGUGAAGGACGUUUUCGAUAACGCCAUCCGCGCCGCCCUCAUCUCCCGCCGCCACCUGCAGUUCUGGAAGUCCCACCUGCGCAACGUACAGAGGCCCCUGCUGCAAGCCCCCUUCCUGCCGCCCAAGCCCCCUCCGCCCAUGAUCACGGUGCCCAAGCCUCCGUCCACCAGCGAGGAGCACCCGGCCAGGCUGCUGGAAGACCCUCUCUGCGCCGACGUCAUCCUCAUCCUGCAGGACCAGCAGCGCAUCUUCGCUCACAAGAUCUACCUCUCCACCUCCUCCUCCAAGUUCUAUGACCUGUUCCUCAUGGACCUGAGCCCAGGGGCCGCAGGCUCUCCCAAUGGGGGGAGUCUCCAAACCCAAUUUCAGAACCAGACCCUGACCGGCAGGGAUCUUCUCAUGAGGGCUGCCAGCUUUGAUGUGUGCGAGAGCAGUGACGAUGGAGACCGCUCCAACCUGAGGAUUUCCACCAGCGACGGGACGCUGAUAGGGGACAGCCGCGAGAGCGGCAGGAGGGGCCGGCUGCUCUCCUCCUGGAGCCGGGCCUUCGUGAGCAUCCAGGAGGAACUGGUGGACGACCCGGUGACCUACAGCCCGCGUCUGAUGACUGUGGUAAAGAUGGACCCCUCGGUGCAGCUGGCCCCGUUCCGCGCAGUCCUGCGCUAUCUGUACACGGGUCAGCUGGACGAGCACGAGAAGAGGCUGAUGCACAUCGCGCACAUCGCCGAGCUGCUGGAGGUGUUCGACCUGCGCAUGAUGGUGGCCAACAUCCUCAACAAUGAGGGCUUCAUGAACCAGGAGAUCACCAAGGCCUUCCACGUGCGCCGUACCAACCGGGUCAAGGAGUGCCUGGCCAAGGGAACCUUUUCCGAUGUGGUCUUCAAGUUGGACGACGGGACGAUCCUCGCUCACAAGCCCCUCUUAAUCUCCAGCUGUGAUUGGAUGGCUGCCAUGUUCGGGGGUCCCUUUAUGGAGAGCUCCACGAAGGAGGUGCUGUUCCCCAACACCACUCGGAGCUGCAUGCGGGCCGUGCUGGAGUAUCUGUACACGGGGCAGUUCUGCUCGCGGCCUGACCUCGAUGCCAUGGAGCUCAUAGUGCUGGCAAACCGCCUCUGCCUGCCGCACCUCGUCGCGCUCACAGAGCUGUACACAGUGACAAUACUGAUGGAGUCAGCGCUGAUGGGAGCUGACAUCGAUGGAGAUGUGCUGGUGUACCUGGAGAUGGCGCAGUUUCACUGUGCUCACCAGCUCACAGACUGGUGCCUCCAUCACAUCUGCACCAACUACAACAACGUCUGCCGCAAGUUUCCAAGAGAGAUGAAGGCCAAGUCCUCCGAGAACCAGGAGCACUUUGAGAAGCACCGCUGGCCGCCAGUCUGGUACCUGAAGGAAGAUGACCAUUACCAGCGAGCCCGCAGGGAGCGCGAGAAAGAGGACUACCUCUGUCAGAAACGACAGGCCAAGCGCAAGUGGCUCUUCUGGAGCUCUCCUGCCUCCCCUUCCCCCGCCUCCUCCUCCCACCACAGCUCCUCUGCCGUCGUUUGAUUGGCACUCGGAAGCUCCGCCUUCUCCCGGUAGACAGUCCAAGGGGGUGGGGAUGGGAGGGGAAGGGGGGUUUGUGGCUGUGGUGGUAAUGAUGCUUGCCGGGCCUGGGCUUUGAGAUCUGUGACCUUGGCCGGUGUUUGUCACUCUUCAGAAAGAGAGUCCCUGCAGCUGGUCUGUGAACUGGGGUGACAGGAGCCCUGGUUACUGGAAAGGAUUCCUUCUUCAGUUGGAUUGUGGAAGUCCACACGAUCCUGAUAAUGUACAGUGCUUUCCAAGUUGUGGAGAUACUUCACAAUGAAAACCCAAGCCUCCCCCCCCCCCCCCCCCCUCAGAGCA